AUGCAGACCCGUGGAGCAGCGAAGAGGCUUGCUUCUGAGACAGCGACAAAGGGUAGCGCAGUCAGCGCAUCAGCCGUUCGGACAGUGGGCGCACAAGCUGAAGCGGUCACCAACUUCUCUGGCUCGAAGAAUGACCCAGCGCCCAUGGGAAAGACAACCAUUGGCAGCACAAAGCGAAAGCGCGCUGGGAAGAAGCAAUCCCAGCCACUUAAAAGUGGUUGGGUUCCGCUCCAUGGGAUGGGUGCAGAACUUGCUGAAACGGCCAACUCAACCCGAAUGCACAUUGAAUGCACCUCUCCGGCUGCAUCGCCCGGGGAUUCGCUUACCAAUGCGGACGUUCCGAUUCAGAGUGGCAGGUCUGCUCCUUCACCCUCCGACACCAAGCAGCAGCAUGCCCGAAGGCAGACGAGGCAAACUCGUCUGUCAUUUCGAGUCACCAAGAGCGGACCCAGCGUGAAGUUGGAAGCUUUUGAGAAUCCUCUCAUCAAGCAAGAGGACGGUUGCCUUUCCAAACGCGUGCGGACUGCUGCCCCGACGGCCAGAAAGCUACCCGACAUCAAACCUCCCAUCCAGGCAGCCCUGGAGUUGGCCAACAUAAAGACCGAGAAGAACCUCAUCCUGACGCCGCGUAGGGUUCUGAUUCUCAAGGGCCUCACAGUCAAGGAAAACAUCGUUACGAAAGUUUCAACCACUGGCAAGAUUACCAUUGAUGCAACCCAGAUCCUGAACCCUAACUUCAGGAUAAUGAUCAAAAAAGGCAAGGACAACCCGUAUGGGCUGACGCCUGGAUAUUCCCCAUACCCGUACAGACGGGUUCCGACGCCUGAGGCCUGCGAGGAAGUGCACAGGAUCUUGACGGAACUUCAUGGCGAGGUGAAGCAGCCCGAGAAGCUGCCAGCUGCUUCCUUGGAGAAAGCCGGCUGUGGCGAGGUUCCUUGUGUCCUCGACGCGCUCUUGAGAACGCUGAUCAGCGGAAACACCCUGAUGGCCAUGGCGGACGCAGCCAUCAAGAACCUUGCCGAACACUACGGACUACGCACUGAAGGCACUGGUGCCGGAAGCAUCAAUUGGGAAAAGGUCCGGCUGUCAUCGCAUCAAGAGCUCAUCCAGGUCAUCAGGGUGGCUGGGAACGGACCCAGGAAAAGCCACCACAUCAAGCAGAUACUCGACAUGGUCUAUCAGGAGAAUGUGGACCGGGGCAAGAUGCAAGCCUCAGCGAAGCCCAUGCCGGAUCUCCUCUCCCUGGACCACAUGCACAGCAUGACCAAAGACGAGGCACUGGCCAAAUUCGUCAGCUACCCUGGCAUCGGCAUCAAGACAGCGGCCUGCGUCACACUUUUCUGCUUGCGGUUGCCUUGCUUUGCCGUGGACACGCACGUCCACAAGUUCUGCCGUUGGCUGGGUUGGGUCCCAAAAAAGGCUGAUCCCGACAACUGCUUCCGUCACGGAGACUUCAUGGUCCCUGACCAUCUCAAGUACGGCCUGCAUCAGCUGUUCAUCCGUCACGGCCAGCUGUGUUUCAAGUGCAGGAAAGCCACCAAACCAGGGACUAAAGACUGGAACGAUGCACCGGAAUGCCCACUGGAGCAUCUGCUUGAUCGAAGCAAGGACGAGGCUGGCACAACGAAGCCUGAGAGGAAGCGGACCAGAGGGGUAAAGGAGGAAACGAGCUCCGGAACGGACGAUUCGCUCAGUGAGAUGGUUUUGGCGGACGAAGACGAGGAGUGCUAG